GGUUAGCACACUUUAGGAGAAGGUGGGUAGGAUUUCUGCCAAGCAUGAGGCUAAGGAGGCUAGAGAGCAAGCAGCGCGUGAAGAAGAGGAUAGGAAGAAGCAUGAGCACGAGUUAGAGGAACGUAGGCAGCGUGAGAAGCGAGAACAUGAGGAAUUUCAGGCUUAGAUGAACAGGGAAAUGAACAGCAAGACUGACCGAGUUUGUGAGGCUGUUUCCGCGAAGAAGGGCGGUAACAGUGAUGAGGUGGCUAGGUUGAAGGUUCAGUUGAAGGAGUUGCAGAGAUCUUUGAAUGAGUCCUAUAUUGCUGGAGCUUCUGCCAGGAGCAACGAUGGUGAGGAGGUCGUUAGGCAUAAGGCUGAGGUCGCGGAACUGACGAAACGUGUGAGGGGACCGAUGACGUCAACAUCAACAAAACGUACCAAUGAAGGAGAGGAGCUUGCAGGGUUACGUAGUGAGCAGGCGGACAUGAAAUCUACUCCUGAUCGAAGGUUUGCGGCACUAGAGGACGUCAUUGCAUCGUUGAAAGGAAGGUGUGAGGAGGCUAAGGCGAGUGCUGAGGCACGAUUUAGGCCUCGGAAUACUCCGAUUGAAUCUCCCGAGACCGGAAGGCGGGUCGAUGUGGAACUGAAGGGUAUUGUCGAGAGACACCGAGCGGAUGUGGAUUUGCUUAAGGAGAUGCGUUUGAAAGAAGUCAACGUCAGGAAGGAGUCCAAGCGGGAGGUCGGCAGACUAAAGGAGGCCUUGGCGCGACUUGAGAUGGAGAAACAAGCUAAGGUGCAGGAUUUUACGUUCAAAGCGAGGCUGGAUAAGGUGGCAGGGCCUUCGGCCAGGAAAGACAAAGGUAAGGUGGCAGCGACUCCAGAGGGUAAGAUCAAUGAAAAGGAAGCGUUCAUUCGUGACACAAGAAGGUAGUUGCGAGCAAUGAAGAAGGAAUAAAUUAUAGUUAUUUGCGACAAAGA